ACCAUUUUUUAGAUACUAUUUAAUUAUAAGUUCACUUAGCAAUGAACAUGCAAUUCAAAGCUAAGAGUGAACAACAACAACAACAACAACAAGUGUUAGUACCGGACAUUGCCAAUUUGAUGAAUGAUUGGUUUUUUGGGAGUGGGAAUAGAGAAAAAAACUUUGAGAGUAUCAUGAUCAAAAGUACUAAAAAUGAUAGUGAAGAGAGUUUUGAGAGUACUAUGACAAAGCAAAAGAGCAAAAAUGAUGAAAGUCCCGGAAAAAUUAGUGAAGGCCGGAAAACACAAGAAUGGUUGGAAGAAGCAAGGAAAAUGGUUGCCGAAUCUUUAGUUAGGAAGAGUGUUUCAUCCGGUAAGAGUUCUGGCUCUCCGAAAUUUGUUUCGGCUCCUCCUUCAUUCAUUGAUCGACGGGAUCCUCUUUCACGAUCGGCAAGAAGGAAUAGAUCAACGGAGGGUUUCAGCGGCGAAAUCCUCUCUCGCUCCGCGAGGCACAACCGCAACAACUCCGAUGCCGUACCCGGCGCCGGCGCCGGCACCGACCUUCCCUCACCGGUGCACGAAUGGCCUCAAGGCACUGCCAACCCCAGCGAUCCCCUGGGCGCCUUUGUUGCGCUUCAUCCCAAGCUUUCCGCCCGCCCUAAGUCUCGAUUCCAGGAUGAUCCCCAGUCCCAGCUCAAUGGAAGGAAUGACCUUGUGCUCUCGCCUCCUAGGGUUUUGGUUGAGACGGCGCAUAGGAGGUCGAUCUCCUCCUCGACUUGCUCGCUGGAGAAGCUUGGCGGGCUGGGCGGCGAUAAGGGGCUGCUGAGCUCCAGAGGCCGGCGUUCCGCUUCUCGGGAGCUGGAGUCCGUCGGUCGCCACCUUGAUUUGGUCGUGGAUGAUGAUGUUAUGCAGAUCAACUCCUUCCUCAAAAGGCAGAGGGCCCUUAUUGCGAGGAUAUCUGGAAAGAAGGUCUUCGCCAAUGGCAACGCUAACGCCAAGAUCUUGCUCUCCGCUUCAUCUGGUAUCAGCAUGGCGAGCUCGAUGGUGGCUACCAUUGGCUACGCGUGGCUGUUGGAGAACAUGGAGAAUAAGGAAGGCGGUGAAGGGGUGGUUGUUCCGGUGAUGAACUUGAAGAGGCGGAGUAUGCAAACGCACAGGCAGGUUGCGUGGCUUUUUCACUAUCUUGGAAUUGAUGCAUCUGCUCUGCUUUUCUCUGAUGAGGUUGAUUUGGAUGGUCUGGUUAUGUCAAAUCAAUUCAGUAUACUUGUUACAGGGAAAGAUGUGCUGAACACAAAUAAUGAGGUGGCAUCAAUUUGCACUAUUCUCACGGAUAACUACUGUGAACAUGCAUACGAGUUGCUUCAGACUCCUAAUAUGAAAAAACUCUUGCUUGCAGGAAUUCUUUUGGAUACACGUAAUCUUGACAAAUUUUCUAAAUUUCACACACAUAGAGAUGCAGAAGCUACACAGUUGCUCUUGGUUGGCUCUUUUCCUGGCUUAAGACAAGAACUCUUUGAACAAUUAAUUCAGGAUCAUAGGGACAAAUUGUUUCUUGAAGCUCUCAAGCGUAAUUAUGGGAAUCCUUCUUGUGGGAAUAAUGAUGAAAAUGGAGCACUGCAGGAGCAUAAAGUUACAAUUAGGAAGUCGGCAUCAAGUUCUCCUCAAGAAGGUGUGCAAUCCUUGUUGAUAUGCUCAGUCAUGGAGUGCAACCUACUCUGCCUUUCCAUAUAUAUUGUUCAAAAUGUUGGUCAUGGAUGUGACAAACGAAUCGAAUAACACCGUGACUGAAGUGUGAUGAUGUUCAUUGAUAAGUCUGACCGGUAACACAGCCUAAAACUUGGAGCAACUUCAGGUUUCCUGAUGUCUUGCAAUGUUUUACUGACGCUUUCAGUUGAAACCAACUAGGUCAUGAUUUCUUCUUACCAAAUUGCCACAAGCAAUGGUGUGAACAAAAGUUUGAACAUAGUCCUGCAUGCUUCAUCCUUUUAGUUCCUAUGUUGGUUGAACAUUUCUACAAUAUUAAGAUAUAGGAUGUUAUAUUGAAUGACACAAUGACAAAAAUGGCACCAAAAUAGCACUUCAUUAUGCAUAGAUUCUCAUAGCAAGUAGUUGUCCUAAUCUGUAAAGAUUUUGAAUAGCGUGAUUGGUUUUGAUAGUAUCAUUACCAUUUUGAGAAAAUAGUUGUCAAUUUUAACCCCUCUCGGACUGUCUUUUCUCUUGUGAUGCAUGCCAAAUGGCAAAUGCUGUAUUAAUUCUGUUGCAGAUUUUGAAUACGAUCAUCGUUCCAUCUGUUUAAUUAUUCAACCUUGUUAUUUCU